AUGAAGUGGACUAUAGCUCUCUUAGUGCUAUGUUUUAGCCUUGGCCUAACCAAAACGGCCGAAAAAGACUACGAAGACGUCCAAGAGCCAGAUACCAACGAGGAUCCCAUUGACGAUGACCCCGAGGAUCAGUUGCAGUAUUUUCUCACCCGUGUCUUGCACAUUGAUAGGCCAGCACCGCCGGAACAAGUGAUCCAUGUUCCCCAUUACUACCCACCACAUGGUCAUUGCAGUUGUCCACCUGGUCCGCCUGGACCUCCCGGUCCCCCUGGUAUACCCGGUCGCCCGGGUUUACCAGGCAAGAAAGGUGAUAAGGGUGAUACCGGGCGACCUGGUCUACCAGGUGCGCCUGGUAAAGAUGGCGCGCCUGGUGCGCCAGGUGAAGAAGGUCAUCCUGGACGACCAGGAUUUCCAGGUCCUCCAGGAUUCCCAGGACCAAUUGGUCCACCUGGCAGCGGUGGGGGACAUCAUCCACCAGUUUUGAUACCACCACCACUACCACCAUAUUAUUAUCCACCCUACUAUCCGGGACCAUGGCCAACGCCCACACCCACACCAACGCCAGCUCCAACGCCUGCACCAACCCCGGCGCCAACUCCGGCACCAGCUCCUUCACCAGCUCCUGCUCCAGCACCAUCUCCUGCACCAGCGCCAGCUCCUGAUGGAAGAAGUCUUGGAGUCAUUGGAGGAAGAAGUGCAGGCAUUACCAAAAAUUGGGGAUGGUAA